AUGUCAGCCCUCGACAUCAGGCCAGCCAUUCUUGAUACCAUAGCUCAAACGACGACUCUAGUGGACUACCCUGGGCGCACUGAGCGCUUCCUCCCCGGCACAUCCCUGCUUCGAUGCCGUAUAUCCCCCUCGAAUCCACGCAUACUGGUCGUGGUGGGAGUGCUGGCGGCCACUGACAUGCCCAGCAUCGUCAUCUGGUCGGUCUCGACUGAUGAUCCCAGUAAAUCCACCCACGAAAUAGUCAUUCCUCUCACUAGCCCAACGGUUACUAGUCUUGAUAUCUCUCCAGACUGCCGUUCGGUCAUGGUUGUCGUUACCUCCCACGAUCGAUCCGAUGAGUCAGCGAUAUUGGUAUCCUCUGGGGUCACCCUACCGGCCUCGGGGAGCGUCCAACCCUCCCUUAGAACGCCAGGAUCUUCCUCAUGUGGCGGCUCAUCUGUUGGGUCCAAGCUGACUCCACAGUCGACGGAGUCCCAUCCCUGCCUUCAGUCAGAGGUGGUCGUCUGGGUCGAGCUUGCCGGUGGGUUGCCUGAGCCGCCAACCGCCAUAGCAUGGAUAGAGUACAGUCCCGUGGUCGUGUCCUCGACCGAGGCCCUCCUGGAGGAAGAGGCCGUCACUUACGUCUGUAUGGGGUUCCUUACUGGUGAGGUUACUCUCAUCGAUGCCGAUGGCGCCGACGGUGGGAACGUUGAGUCGCAGUUCAAUUGCCGUACGCCAGUGACCAACAUCGAGGUCAUCCCAACACAAGGGGCAGCUCCGGUCCUCCUGGUACACCUCAGCGCCUCUCCAUGCUUCUUUCUGCUCAUGACUGCUGUAGACAGUCUUACAGGUGCCCUCAGACUGGAGGCCCAUGUCCUCCCUCUACCCUGUCCUGACCCGAGAUCUGUCAGAUUCUUCUCUGAUGACGACACCUGGUACAUAUCUACCCUUUCUAACUGUGGUUCCUGCGUCUACAUGUCCAUCCUUCCCGAGGGCGACUCCACAGCUGCGGUCACACCAGUCGCUCGUAUACCAACAGCAGGCAGGAUCCCCAUUGUUGACCACUCGCUGGUGAGCCCGAGUCACGACUGCAGCCAGCGGAGGAGCAUUCUGGUAGCCAAUCUCGGUGGAAGCAUCGCCCUUAUGACCGCGAGUGCUGCUGGUUGUGAUAAUAUCAUCUUGGCCGUCGUCCCCUACAGCCCUAGCCCGACGGUGAGGCUGCUCGCCCCGACAGCUGGCAAGUCCUUGAUACUCUCAACCCUUUGCUUCGCCACAGUGUCCCCAGCCACCUUGUAUCGACUGGAGUUCCAAAAUCGGAAUAGAAUCCAGGCUGCUGUGGAGGCGUGUGUGGCCAAAGCUGCCAUUGAAUGUCUACCGAGGAGCUCCAAGGGUGGUGUCUCCAGGCAGUUCUUUGAGACGGGCUUCCCUCUUAUGUGCCAGGCCCUCGGUGACUUGGUAGAUCUAGACGAUGUCUGCUUAGCGGCCGGCCUUAGGGUCAUGGACACGCCAGACCAUAGUCCGUACGAGAAGCUUUGCUGUUGUCUGCUGGUCUGGCGUCAACGGUAUUCGACCAAACCAGUGCCCUUCCCAGUAGUAAGAGCACUGCUACUGCACGUUGUUGAGAAGUCUGGGGAGGAAGGCGUGACGUCGUCGGGUAGAGUGACGCCGGAGGAUCUCGGCAACUACCGUUUGCUGGUUGAUGGACAAGAGCCCGUCAUCCCAUUCGAAUACUUUGUCGGGGUAGUCUCGGCGGACGGCCGGGCCCUAGAGAGACCGGGUCUGUUCAAGGAGCACUGGGGGCCAGGCUCAGACCUCGGAUCGGGAGGGAUGCUGAUCCACCCAGUGCGUCGACUGUGGAUCCUCGAACUAGCACUUAGUAUGAUGCUCGGCCGUCGGCUGUCCUCAGCAUUUGUCCAGGAAUGGCUUGACGAGACCAACUCUAGGCCAAUGAUCUACAGUUCCAGCCGGAGGGGAUUCCAGUACCUUGUCGAGCUAGCUCUGCACAAAUUCAGAGCAACAUGGUCUGACGUGGCGGAUCUUGCCAAGACCCUAAGCCCUCCGUUGGGAGGAGCUCUUGGUACAGUAGGUCGAUUCGUUGGCCUGCCUUCUGGCUGCGACGUUGGUAUUCCCGUUAUACUCGCUAUUCUAGCCAACAGUUGCAGUUUCGGAGUGUGGAAGUCCGCAGGGAUGGACACACUGGAAUUGGUGACACGUGUGGGUGACACCGUAAAGAAAUGCUGGCUAGUGGAUAGCUUGCCAUGGUCUCGCCAUUCGGAUGCCCUUGUUGCCAUACUACGGUUAAUGCGGAGGGUAUGGGAGCUGCUCGUGGCAAUUCGAGAGGCCCAUGUGGAGUCUCUCGAGAUCAAGCCGGUGAUGAGGACCCUUCCGACCAGCGACUCCGCGGUGGCCUUCAGAAGUAUUGUCAAGGCAAUGGAGGAUCGCGUCGAUGAAGCCUCUGCACCACACGGUCCAGUGUGGACGAGCUCAGACGACGGCCUCUAUCGAAUUGCCAGCCAGGCUCGAUGGCUCAUGUAUGAUGGGGGCUCGGUGGAGGACUUCACUCGAGUUGAAGUGGACGAGGACCUCGAGAUCAUCCCAUGGAGCAUGAUGGUGUUUGUCAUGAAAACAGACUCUCUUUGUUUCCUAUGCAUCCACGAUUGGGUCUCAGACAGCAAUUUAGUUUGUCUCCAAUGGAUUAUGAUGGUCGACGAUGUUCUUAUUGAUGCCAACGGUCCACUACUAACGCCACUCUCGCCCAUACCAGAGAACGACAAGGUAAAGCAUAAGCUCUUCCUAGAGCAAGAACAGCGAUACAGCUGGAACAGCCAGAGUCGACAUUGGAGCGAGUUCGUCAGGGCGUGGCGGGAGCGGUGCCCCGAGCCCAAGAGCUCCGAGGCCUUCCGUCAAUGGAUGGACGAUACUAAGAAGUGUUACCAAAUCCUCUGUGCUGGAUGGGAACGUCGGGAAAGCGAAGCCUCUGGCUUUGCUGUGGACAUCUGUCUACCAGCCGAGCUCAGUGUCAGCUCUAGCAGACCCGCGAACAUCGUCACGACUUCCACUGAGAUCUCUCUACUCCGUAUCUCAACUGACAGCCUCCCGGGUGGCUCGGCCUCGGAUGCCUCUCCCAUGCCAAGAGCGAGCGCGGCGAAAUCGAGCGGAUUGUAUUCGUCACUCAGCGCGGAGUUCUUGGCCGAUCUCGAGAGUCUAGCAGAUUCCAUCCACAGUGGAUUCCGUCCAUCCGACUGGCCCACCUCAUCACCGUCUACAGAAGUCCCUGUAGCCUCACCGGACGGGGAGAACUACAGUUCUAACAGUAACUCGUCGAGUGACAUUGGGAACACAGCAGUUCUGUUCUCACCCCCGAAGAGCUCAUCUUCGCCAACUACUGCCGACUACCUCAGCUAUCGCUCCAGCCUCGCCGUUGAAGAAGCUCCUCGACAGGCGGGUGAUAACCUACGGCGAUUAACUACCAGCGAGCUGUCCAUCUCGCCAAGUUCAACUGAGUCGCCCUCUCGAGGGAACGACACGGAAGCUGCUAAUAUCAGCGAACUGGUCGCCGCUAUGGAGAACCCAGCAGAGCAUGAGAGGCACUCCAUAACUCCCAGAAAGGGGGAGGGGGUUACGGACGUUGAUGUACUCGGCGAUGAGUCGCCCAUCCUGCCCCAACGUACACCUGUGCUGGAUGGCGAUCUGGACGACUGCGAGUCGUUGGUCAUUCUCGGAGCUAGUUUCGGUAGCGGCUCUGGCCCGCUGUCCUCGUCUUCUGGUCGCCGCAAUGGGACUUUGGACUUCAUUUUGCAUCGCACUCCUCUCGAGUCGAUCUCUGAGGAACUUGAAGAGGCCGAGCCUGAUCCCAUCGGUGUCACAAUUAGCGACAAGACCGCUACCCGAGAGUCCGAUGGUUCCCCUGGAGAUGAUUCAAAUGAUCCUAGUGAAGUCGAUGUCGUCAGCGCUAAGGAAGAGGAAGUCGCGAAGGAGCCGUUGGGUUUGCGGUGUUGGUUCACGAGAGAACGCUCGCCAAGUCCAUCGUUGUCGCAGCCCGAUGAGCCCCGGAUGUUGAGCAGUCGGGGACCUAUUCAUCGGCGCUCGCGCUCAGCUGAUCUGACUAAUGCUCGAUGUUUGCACACCACGUUCAAUGGAGGAAACUUGAAGCACUCACAGUACAGCAUGAGCUCUCGAAGAUGCACUUCGAUUCUUACGACUGAGGAAAGAGAACUCCUCAAAAUACGUGAGGAGAAAGAAUCAAUGCGAAACCAGAUGUUGCGGAACCGCCGUUUCGCUGCCAGGAUUUACAGCGAGAAUCGGCCAACUCCUAGUGUAAGGGAACGACGUCCUAUCCGUCCACUGACCAAACACGUAAUUAAAGAGCAGCCGCUGAGGAAGUUCCGCUUCUGA